AUGGAACCAUACGUGUACAAAGGCAGGCUACCUGAUGGCCUUCUCGUGGCGGUAAAAGUCCUAAGCAAGUCGAAGGGUAACGGGGAAGAAUUUAUUAAUGAAGUUGCUAGCAUUGGUAGAACUUCCCAAGUCAACAUAGUCACUCUUUUUGGAUUCUGUUAUGAGAGGGACAAAAGGGCUUUGAUUUAUGAGUUCAUGCCUAAUGGAUCUCUGGAUAAUUUCAUACAUAAACACGGUUCUGAAAUGGCAAAAUGUCGCUUAGAAUGGAAAACACUAUCUGAAAUUGCAGUUUGCAUUGCACGAGGACUAGAAUACUUACACCGUGGAUGUAUCACGAGAAUUCUGCAUUUUGACAUAAAGCCACAGAACAUUCUUUUGGAUAAAGAUUUUUGUCCAAAAAUCUCUGAUUUUGGCCUUGCCAAAUUAUGCAAAACGGAGUAG